GUGGUUUUUGCCUUUAAAAAAGUUAUAAAAGAGUGUGAUUAUGACAAAGUCAGGGCAAAUGGCCUGUGGUACUGCAAGGAGAAUGAAUGGACAUGUAAAGAGCAUGUAUUUUCAACUGUACACACAAACAGCAACAUUACUCUCCCUUUUACUCAUGAUGGGUUUUGAUUCAACUAAAACGGUGGCAGCAAGCAGGACUCUGCAGUGUGGGAACUCUCUUCUGCAGACGCUGAAGCUCGCAAGACUUGCACAAAAGGAAUCUGUGGAUAUAAUGAAAACAUAUAGGGUCUCUCAGGGCGACGUGUCGGAGCUCAUUUGUAAAGUGACCCUGAGUGGGCUUCCAGACCCAAACAUCUCUGGUUUGGAGACCUCAGAGCAGAUCAGCAGCAUCCACACUGGCUUACAGGAGUUUGGUCCACAUUUCAAAAGAGUGUAUGACCAGCAGACAGACCUGCAGCUGCCAGACAGCCCACUGCUGCAGCAGCUGAGUACCAUCAGUAAACGCAGCCAGUACCUGGACGCUCAAAUCAACGCUGUUUAUCAGGAGCUGUUUCCAAACUCGCCUCCUCUCGUGGUAGACCCCAGUGGGGCGGCUACGUCACUACCUCCACCUCAGAAUAUCUUUCAACAGAAGGUCUAUGGCUGUGUGGUACUCAAAACAUACAAGGAGUUCCUGUCAAAUGUCAGCAAAUUUUUAAGGACACUGAAAAACCAAAUGUGUGGAAUGAAUACACGACGGAUCAACACAUUUUUCUAAGGCUGGCCUUAGAAUUGGAAUUGUGUUUUGUGAAGAAAAAAAAACAGUGGUUUGACAAUGACUUAAUACAUGACAGUGGAAGGUGGCUGGUACACCAGAGUUAGUAACAAAGACUAUUUAUGUUAUUUAAUAUUUAUUUUCACUAUUGUUGAGAAAUAAAUGUCAACAAUACAAAAAAUGAUAAUAUAUUUACAUUGUAUGUUGGAAUUGGUACUUUAUGUUUAUUGUUUGGUGUGAAAAGUGUCAUUAUUUAAGUAAAUCUUUUGCAAAUAAUA